AUGACCAAAGCCACACAAACAGCAGUCGCAAUUUUCUUUUAUUCAGCAGUAUUAGUUGCACUUUAUACUGGAGUUCUUCCCUCUUCCACAAAAAUCCAACAGGAAAUUAUUCCUUAUGUUCCCUUUUGGUCCCUUGUUGCAUUUGGAGCAUAUGCAUUGGGUACUUUAGGUUAUGAUUUGGUUUCCUUUAAUGAUAAGCCUGAAAAGUAUAGAGAAUUGUUGACUCAAAUCGAUGAAGCAAAGGCGUUCUACAAGGUCAAGGGUCUUGAUUUGGAUUGA